AUGGCGAGCAACAAUACUACCCUUGCCAGCUUGUGGAUAGACGAUGCAGGUCAGGGAAGUCCUCGGCAUGUAACUGCAGUGACCCCAUCCAAAACAUUGAGCGGUGGUAACAGCAAAGACGAGCUGAUUCAGUUCUACAGAAGCACAGGCUUGGAUUCGGUGGCUAAAGAUGUGGGCAUCCUAGACUUCAAUGGUGAAAUCAAGGGGUUCACUGGAGGCCACCAAUCACCAUCAAAUCAAAUUCAGUUGGUGGCUGUCCCCAUAGCCCAGUCUCCCAGCAAGAUGUCACCACAUCUGCUACCCAAGCCGUCACUUGCUUCACAGAUAAUGAGCUCUGCUGUUAGACCACAAGUUAUACAGGUGGAUGCCACUUCUCCAUGGUCAGCCAAAAGACGGGCCUCAGACUUCCUUGACUCAGAUUACUCUGACAGUAAACGUGGAAAGAAAGGUGACAAAGGUGGAAAAGGUUUGCGGCAUUUCUCAAUGAAGGUCUGUGAGAAAGUUCAAGCUAAAGGGGUCACCUCGUAUAACGAAGUUGCAGAUGAGUUGGUGACUGAGUUCAGUGACCCCAGGAAUAUGCUGUCUCCGGUUGAUGUUACGCCCUAUGAUCAGAAAAACAUCAGACGUAGAGUGUAUGAUGCCUUAAAUGUCCUAAUGGCUAUGAACAUAAUAUCCAAAGAGAAGAAAGAGAUCAGGUGGAUUGGGUUGCCCACAAAUUCAGCUCAGGAGUGCCAGCAUCUAGAAAUUGAGAAGCAGAAGCGAAUAGAAAGAAUAAAACUCAAAACCCAGCAACUUCAAGAACUUAUUUUACAGCAAAUAGCAUUCAAAAAUCUGGUGCAAAGGAACCGGGAGUUAGAAAAGUCACAAGGGCCACCUGCUUCCAACUCCGCCAUACAGCUGCCUUUUAUCAUCGUGAACACAAGCAAGCAGACUGUCAUUGACUGCAGCAUUUCCAAUGACAAAUAUGAAUACUUGUUCAAAUUUGACAACACUUUUGAGAUCCAUGAUGACAUUGAAGUUUUAAAAAGGAUGGGCAUGGCCUUUGGUCUGGAGCGGGGUCAGUGCAUGUCACAGGAUCUUGCCCGGGCUUCCAAAAUGGUGCCAAAGUCUUUGGAACCUUAUGUUAUAG